AUGUCCACCGAGCCCGUAAUCCUGCUAACCGGCGCCUCUCGGGGCCUUGGACUCGCAAUCGCCUGCCACCUGUUAACGCACACAACCGCGAACCUCCACCUGAUCUCCCGCAGCGCCAUCCCCCUCGUCUCCCCGCGCAUCAGCGUCUCCCUCCUGGACCUAUCCCUGGACACCUCCGCCCCCCUCGCCAUCGCCACCUGCCUUUCCGUCUGGGGGCGCCUCGACAGCCUAAUCCUAAACCACGGCCUACUCUCCCCCGUGACGCCGCUCUCGUUCGCGACCGCCUCCGCCUGGCGCGCCGCAUUCAACACGAACCUGUUCUCGCACGUCGGUCUGUUGGCUGCGGCACUGCCAUCGCUGCGUGCAGCGCCUAACGGGCGCGUGGUACUGGUGUCCUCCGGCGCCGCGGUAACCGGCUACCCCGCGUGGGGCGCGUAUGGCGCGGCCAAGGCCGCAAUGAACCACUUGGUGCUGACGCUGGAGGCGGAGGAACCGCGGCUGACCGCAAUCGCGGUCAGGCCGGGUGUGGUCGAUACGGAAAUGCAGAGGGAGAUUCGAGAGGUGCAUCAAGCGGCGAUGGGAGCCGCUGGUGAGAGGUUUGUUGAUGCGCAUAGGGACGGGAAGUUGCUGGCGCCGGAGGUGCCGGGCGCGGUGGUGGCAAGGUUGGCAAUGGGUAUGGGGAGGGAGUUGGGAGGGAAGUUUUUGAGCUGGAAUGCCGAGGAGUUGAGGGAGUUUCAAGACGAUGCGGUAGCAGCUUGA